CCCGGAUUGUAUUCGUUUGUUUUCACUGCAUUCAGAUUUAUAAACAUCUUCAAUUCCGGACAUUUUGCAGAAGUAGACGAACAAUACGGACUGAAACGGUUGAUGUGUGAGAUAUUUCAUUCUUCAGACGUUGGUGGAAACGCGUUAUCCGUUAUGUGCGGUGUUUAUUUGACGUUAUAGCAAAGCUGGAGAGACUUUAGCAGACAUUAAUGCUAAUGCUAACAGCUGGCACAAAACAUAUGGGACUGGAUUUUUUUUGCACUCUGACUGUUUAUGGGGGAUUUUUAAAGAAUUAAAAAAAAGAAAGAAAGAAUGAAAGAAUCUGCCUAAAAUUUGUCUGUAAGCUAUUUACCCAGCUGGCUACAUGGCUGCUAAUAUAUCUUAUUAAAUAUCAAUAAUAUCAUGCUGUUUAGAAGCUAGCUAGUCAACCAGUGUCACGUGAUAUAGGAAAAAUAUCAAAUAUAACAUAUAUAACAAACCUAACAUUUUUUGCAGUUUGUUAUUUUUAUUUUUCUACCAUGCUCUUCUUCAAGCCGGACCUCUGACGCUGGAUGAUUGCGUCAUCACACGUCAUUGCUUCAUCUCGGGUUAGAUCACUCACCUGAGCUCUCAGGCUGAUUUGUGACAGUGCUGAUGAAGCAGGAGGAGCAGCAUGGCCAGCUGCUGGAAACCCACACACUCGUCUUUUAGAUGCUGGUUGUUGUUUGUGUUGUUUGUGUUUGUGUUGACGGUGGAGGGUGUGGGCGCUGAGGCUGCAAACAGCUCAGUGGAGGUGAAGCAGAAAGAUGGACAGUUUGACACCAGCUACUUUGACAAGGUGACCAGCGAAAUGCAGAUCAUCUACUCCUUCAACCACACCGUCACCCGCAACAAGACGGAGGGGGUCCGUGUGUCGGUGGAGCUGCUGUCAGAGGGCACUAAGAGCCCCGUGUUGUUUGUCGUGAGGCAGAAACAGGCCGUGCUCUCUUUCCAAGUUCCACUCAUCCUGCGAGGCCUUUACCAGAGGAAGUACCAGUAUACGCAGGUGGGCCGAACUCUGUGCCAGCCCCCAACACGCGCACUCUCUGAGACCCAGUUCUUCUACGUGGACGUGUCCACUUUGUCCGCCUCCAGCGUCCAGUACCAGCUGCGGGUCAGCCGGGUAGAAAGCUUCACGCUGCAGACAAAUAAGAAGUUCAGCUUCAACGCAACUCCGUCUCAACCCCAGUUUUUCAAGUAUGAGUUUCCAGAUGGAGUGGACACGGUCAUUGUGAAAGUAAACUCGGAGAAGAACUUCCCCUGCUCCGUCAUGUCUGUUCAAGACAUCCAGUGUCCUGUGUAUGAUCUGGACAACAACGUGGCCUUUAUCGGGAUGUAUCAGACCAUGACCAAGAAGGCUGCCAUUACAGUGCAGAGGAAGGACUUUCCCAGUAACAGCUUCUACGUGGUGAUCGUGGUGAAGACGGAGGACGAGGCGUGCGGCGGGCCGCUCAGGUUCUACCCCCUCUCACCCGAUGAGCUGCUGGAUGCUGGAAACCGGAGCAAAACUCUGGAAGUGGUCGUCUCUCCUGCCAUCGACUCCGAGGUGUACGUUAUGGGAAUGCUGUUCUGUCUCGGCAUCUUCCUGUUUUUCUACGUAUUGACCUUCCUGUUGGCCUGCAUUGAAAACAAGAGAAUGCACAAAAAGAAGGAGGGGCUUCUGAAGCCAGCAGACAUGUCGCCGGCGGAGACAGGAAAAACUCCGGCCUCUCCAUAUGAAUAUGGCUCAUUCGCUGAUAACGCCAGUACGAUGAGCUCAGAACCCGUGACGGACAGUUUGGCCUCCACUGAUGCUAACUAUGGAUACAUGGGACAGGAGGCUUUCAAGCGUCGGCCAAUCAGCACACACCACAUAGUCAUCCGCUUUGAGCGCUCCUUGGACACAGUGGGUCGCUGCAGACAGGAGUCUCUGAGUUCAGUGGACGAGGAUGACUACGACACGCUGGCCGAUAUCGACUCGGACAAGAACAUCGUCCGCACCAAGAAGUACCUGUGUGUCUCUGAUCUGGCUCGGAAAGACAAGCGAGUGCUGAGCAAGAAGUACCAGAUUUACUUCUGGAACAUCGCCACCAUUGCCGUGUUCUACGCUCUGCCCGUGAUCCAGCUGGUCAUCACGUAUCAGACGGUUGUGAACGUGACAGGAAAUCAGGACAUCUGUUACUACAACUUCCUCUGUGCGCAUCCUCUAGGAGCUCUGAGCUCGUUCAACAACAUCCUGAGUAACCUAGGUUACGUUAUGCUCGGGCUGCUGUUCCUGCUCAUCGUGCUGCAGAGGGAUGUCGUGCACAAGCGUGCACUCAUGCGCAACGAUGUCACCGCGCUGGAGUGCGGCAUCCCCAAGCACUUUGGUCUGUACUAUGCCAUGGGUACGGCUCUGAUGAUGGAGGGGUUGUUGAGUGCCUGUUACCACGUCUGCCCCAACUACACCAACUUCCAAUUCGACACGUCGUUUAUGUACAUGAUCGCGGGUUUGUGUAUGCUGAAGCUGUAUCAGAAGAGACACCCGGACAUCAACGCCAGUGCCUACAGCGCCUACGCCUGUCUCGCUGCUGUCAUCUUCUUCUCCGUGCUGGGAGUGGUGUUUGGGAAAGGGAACACAGCGUUCUGGAUCGUCUUCUCAGUGCUGCACAUUGUGUUCACUCUGUUGCUCAGCACUCAACUGUACUACAUGGGCCGCUGGAGGCUGGAUACAGGGAUCUUGCGCAGGAUACUUCAUGUAAUCUACACAGACUGUAUUCGCCAGUGCAGUGGACCCAUGUACAUAGAUCGCAUGGUGCUACUUGUGAUGGGCAACAUUGUGAACUGGUCUCUGGCUGCAUACGGUCUCAUUAAAAAGCCAAAUGACUUUGCUUCAUACCUGCUGGCCAUCGCCAUCUGUAACCUGCUGCUGUACUUCGCCUUCUACAUCAUCAUGAAGCUGCGGAGUGGUGAACGGAUCCAGUGUUUGCCGCUUGUGUGUAUUCUCUUCACGGCUGUAGUUUGGAGCUUCGCUCUUUUUUUUUUCUUUCAGGGACUCAGCACCUGGCAGAAAACGCCGGCGGAGUCCCGUGAGCACAAUCGCGACUGCAUCCUCCUCUCAUUCUUUGACGAUCACGACAUCUGGCACUUCCUGUCCUCAAUCGCCAUGUUCGGCUCCUUCCUGGUACUGCUGACGAUGGACGAUGACCUGGACACGGUUCAGCGAGACAAAAUCUAUGUCUUCUAGCACCUUCUUGAGUAAUCAUAGAAAUGUAUGUUCUUCGCCUGAUCGCAGGCGUUCUAACAGGUGGGGGCGGGGCUCCCUAUGGUACAUUGAUGCUGAUAGGACACUGAAUGUGCCAAUCAAACCUGCCACAUUAUCACAACGCUGGCCAAGACAACGAGAUUCAGCGGCUCCGAGCAGAGAGAUGAAACCUGCCAAGCAAACAGCAAUGCAUUUACACACCGCUGGUGUUUUCACUGUAUGCUGAGAGUGUGUGUGUGUGUGUGUGUGUGUGUGUGUGUGUGUGUGUGUGUGUGUGUGUGUGUGUGUGUGUGUGUGUGAGUGUGUGUGAGUGUGUGUGUGUCCUGUCAACCUGUGGCCUUCUGUGUUUUUGAUCUUUGGUCCUGUGGGAUGGACUGAUUGUAGCUCACUGUAAUUGAGUACGCCUUUUCUAAGGAGGAAGAGGAGGAUGAUGAUGAUUGAAGAAGGAAUCUACUUUGUAAUGUCUGUAACAAAAAAAAAGAAAUGCUUUUAAUGACAAAGACGGUUACUGAAUAAAGUAUUUGUAAGUUUUUCAAUACUGUGAA